AUGCAGGUCAAGUGCGAUGAGACGCAACCCUCUUGCAAGCGGUGUCUAGCACGCCGAAUCCAUUGCUCUGGCUACGAUGCCUUCCGAUGGCGGUGGUCAAAGAAGCAUGAGCAGUUCAGGUCGAAUUUCGUGGAAGAUGAGGCUUCUACUCGAAAAUGUGCUUUAUCAAUAGCCAAUGGCCAGGGGCCUUCGCCGUUUAUUCUUGAGGAUGGCGAGCACCCGGAGUCAACUAUCGGGUUAGCCUUUGAAAACAGCGAGAACCUCCUCUGGAAAGACCAGGUUAUAUCAAAUAUACACGAUAAUUUGUCGGAUAAGCUGUGUCAAGAGCAUCAGCAGCUUCUCAUAAGCUCACCACCGCCCUACACCCUUCACGAUACAGGGUGUACAUGGUGGGAGACUCCCCCAGAAAUCCCUUGUGAUGGUGACAAGAUUUCAACGUUGACAUUGUCGAUAAAGGAAGAAGACGAACAACGCUACCCAUUCAGUCUAUCUUCGUCUCUGCUAGACCCUCACAGUGAACUAGUCCAGCGUUAUUUCAGUCACGUAUCUCCAACGGUGUCAACGUUCGAUUCCCCAAGCAACCCAUUCCGAUCUGUCGUGGCGCAGGGCUGGCAAAGUUCUCUAUCUAUGCUUCUAACCAUGAAAAGCAUGACUGGCGCGACACUGGCCCGGUUUUCCGACGAAAUGAGGAUAAUCGGCUUGCAGAACCAGCGGCUUGCCUAUGGCCAGAUCUCAAGGGAGAUUUCUCACUCACCAGGAGCAAUCACAGAUGUGCUGCUCUUUUGCAUCCUGCUGCUUGGCAUCAGUUCGGUUUGGCAUGAUCCGAAGGAUUACGGUACGGUGCACCUCAAGGCUGUUCGAGAUAUUAUUAGGACCCGAGGUUUUACAUGCACGUCACCAUAUCUUACCGAGACCUUUUUCAAGAAGGCGUUGGUAUACUGGGAAAUGGUCUCUUGCGUUGUUGAUAAUGACUUCAGCACAGAUGAAGCCAGUGCCAUGCUCUCUUGUCUCUCUGAUUCAGUCCCCAGCUUCACUUCGAGCUGCUCUCGAGUCGUUCCGCAUCCGUGGACGGGGAUUGGCGCCGAGCCACAGCUUCAUUUUACCUGUACAGCGAAGCUGAUUCGGCAGCUCCGUUCCAUGCAGAAUGAUGCACUGAACAUCCCCGCGGCUGACAUCAAUCGACUCCUCGUAACAGCAGAAAAGAUUGAGGCGGAUGCCUGGAUGACAACUCUUCCAAAUCUUCGUGAAAUUGACGCUGUCGGUGACCCUGACACACCAUCCUCACACCAUCUCUUUAUCGCCGAAGGAUAUUUGCUCGCUACUUUAUUCCAGCUAUACUUGGUAUUCCCCGACAUGGCCAAAACCCGCCAGCGGCUGUUGAAUGAGCGAAUCUUCCUGGAUGACCACAGACCUAGAGUAGUAUAUUCCACUGGCGUGUGGUCGCUUUUCAAAAAUUGCAGCGACGACCCGGCAGAGCUCGUUCGAUGCCUGGGUCAUAGUAUCGUGGUUCGGUUGGAGCAGAUUCCUGUUAGCUCCAAGACUACGUGUUUGCAACUGCUUCUCAUGCUCGUUGCUGCUGGAUCCUUGGGCAUACGAGACGAGGAGCCGAAUUCAGAUAACAACCAAUGGAUUCUUCAAGCACGGCAGUUCAUCCUGGACCGGAUCGACUAUUUCCGUCACAUAUUUCCUAUCAAACAAGUUGAUGCCAUCAGCCUCGUCAUCGAGAAUAUCAUAGACGAGGUCCAAACCGGGAGAACAGUGUUUUGGAUGGAUACUAUGACGAGAUUGAAUGCCGAGACAGUCUUGGGGUGA